AUGCUCCCUUCUCACAAUGUCUGUUCAAUACCCAGCUCCUUCCAGCUUACCGGCAUCCCAGGGCUGGAGUCCCUGUAUAUGUGGCUUUCCAUCCCCUUUGGCUCAAUGUACUUGGUUGCUGUGGUGGGGAAUGUCACCAUUCUGGCUAUGGUAAAGGUGGAACAUAGCCUGCACCAACCCAUGUACUUCUUCCUGUGUAUGUUGGCUGUCAUCGACCUGGUUCUGUCCACUUCUACUAUGCCCAAACUGCUGGGAAUCUUCUGGUUUGGUGCUGGGGACAUUGGCCUGGAUGCCUGCCUGGCUCAAAUGUUCCUCAUCCACUGCUUUGCCACAGUCGAGUCAGGCAUCUUCCUUGCCAUGGCUUUUGACCGCUAUGUGGCCAUUUGCAACCCACUCCGUCACACUACAGUGCUCACUCAUGCUGUGGUGGGACGCUUGGGGCUGGCUGCCCUCCUCUGAGGUGUACUAUACAUUGGACCUCUGCCUUUGAUGAUCCGCCUGCGGCUACCCCUUUAUAAAGCUCGUGUCAUCUCCCACUCCUACUGUGAGCACAUGGCGGUGGUCACCUUGGCAUGUGGUGACAGCAGGGUAAACAAUGUCUAUGGGCUGAGCAUUGGCUUUCUGGUCCUGAUCCUGGAUUCCAUGGCCAUCGCUGCCUCUUAUGUGAUGAUUUUCCGGGCUGUGAUGGGGCUGGCCACACCUGAGGCCCGGCUUAAAACCCUCGGGACAUGUGGUUCUCACAUCUGUGCCAUUCUGAUCUUUUAUGUUCCUAUUGCUGUUUCUUCUCUCAUUCAUCGAUUUGGUCACCAAGUGCCUCCUCCAGUCCACACUCUACUGGCCAACUUCUACCUCCUCAUUCCUCCAAUCCUCAAUCCCAUCGUCUAUGCUGUCCGUACCAAGCAGAUCCGUGAGCGGCUUCUUCAAAUCCUAAAGACAGAAACUAAGAUUAAAUGA